AAACAUUAUAAGAUACUCCGUAAAAUCAAGAAAUUUGCUGCAUACCAAAUAAUCACCAAAUGUGCUGCGUUGAAAACGAUUCACGUAUGAGUUGCAACCAGUAACCGCAGGAUAGGGGCGCCGGCCGGCCAGCCAGCCACCGUAUACCGGUAGAUUGACGACGGGUUAAUCGUGGUUCAGGUAACGGCGCCAUCAAAUCACACACCCGACACACAGUAGAAGUGUAACAACGAUGUAGAGAGAGAAAGUGAGGACCACAACUACCCACACCCAAUCAACAACCAGCAUUCAAACGGAAUCCCUGCCAUCACCAACGUCCUCAUCAUCACCUCCACUCUCCCCUUUCUCUCUCUGAAACUAAAAAAACAGAAGAAUCACAGAAGAUAUUAUUCUCCAUUAAAAUAACUAACUAUAUAACUUGUGUGCGUGCGUAUAAAUAGUCGAGUAUAUAUACAAGGAAGUGCAGCAAAGAAGUUGGCGAUUGACAUUGCUUCGGUAGCAUGAGGACCAAAGCUUCGGUGGUUGCAGAGAAGAGGAGAAAGGUCGGUAAUGGAGAACCGAAGUCGCCGUUCGGUCAAAUUACGACGGAAAAGGAGACAGGCACUUCCGCCGGCGAUCACAAUGUAGUGUCUUGUUGCUUAGAUAAUGGAUCAACAGAAGAAUUGGAAUUCACAGAUCUGAAGCAGGAUGAAUUUGAACCAAAUGCGAGAUGUAAUUUGGACACAAGAGCAAGCAAACCGAGCACCAAAUUCAAAGCACCGGAGAUGCUCAAAUCAAAGCCGUCGUCAACAGCAACCAAUUGUCGCCGCCGUACAGUGCCAACGGCUGAGCUCGAAGAAUUUUUCACCGCCGCGGAGAAAGACCUCCAUAAACGCUUCAAAGACAAGUACAAUUUCGACAUUGUAAACGACACGCCAUCAGAAGGACGAUUCGAGUGGGUUCAACUGAAGCCAUGAAGAUGAUAAGAUGACGAUUGAAAAUCAUUACACGAAAUUAAUUCGUAACAAAUUGAAGGUAGAAUUAAUGUGCAGUUUUUUAUUAUUAUUGAGAGUCUGAACUCUGAAUUUCUGUACGGAAAAGCCAUUGAAAGACAAAAUGAAGAAGAAGAGUAGUACGUACAUCGACAUUGUUGUACUUUUAACUGCAAUUCCUUCUGCUUCUGAUCAUAUGAACAAAAAAAUUAUCACAUCACUGAUUACAAGCUAGGUUUUUUUUUUUUCAUCUCAUCUUGUUUAAUUUCCAUAUUUAACUUCUGGUUUUAGAGUCGAGUGUUAGAAAUUAAUCAUGGUAGUCGCCGGAGUUGGUGCCGGCGGUGAGAUAUAUAACCGGAGUUUGUGGUCGGAAAUGGGGAAAGACAAAUGCAAAUUACACCGACGGCUACGGACACGUGUGGAAAAACAUUCUAUUGGGAUGAGCAUUGAUGGAAAACAAUGAUUGUAUGGAUGUCAUUAGCUCAUAUAUUGAGAGGAUAUCUUUUUCUUUUAUAUGGUUUUGAGUAAAGUUGAUUUUUGUUAUUUUUGUUGUUUCUAUUUGAGUUUUUUGUAUUAAAUAGC